CACAGCCCCCGACUCGCACAAACACCUACCGAGCCUGGCGCUGGCGCUGACGUGGUCGGGCCAAGUCCGACUCGUGUUGGCAGUCAUUCCUUUUGCUGCGACUCAGUGGGCCGUUCGUCCGACCAGCAGAAGCAUAUCGCCGAACCAAGGUUCGCCUGUAGUCUCUGUACGGAUACUCUCGUCAGAAAUCUGAAGACCCAAGAAUGUAAAUCGGCUGAUGCUCAUGCGGAGCAUAAAGCACAAAUCGCUCAGAGUUGCUCGUCACUCUUUCCAUAAAGCCGAGUCUUCUUUUCGUGGUCAUCGUCCGAGGGUUUCAUCAGUGGUGCUGCACAGAUACCCCUCCAUACUAUCGCUUUCUCGCUUCUCUGCAACCCCUCCUCGCGUCCAGACCCGGCCUGACUCCGCCGCCAUCAUGUCGUCCAUGUACCUGGAAGACAAGCUCAACAUUGAUCGGGUCGCCGUCAUCGGCGCCGGGCCGUGCGGUCUGGCUGCUGCAAAAUACCUGCUAGCGGAGAAGAAGUUCUCCAAGGUCCAAAUAUUUGAGCAGAGAGAUACUGUUGGUGGCGUCUGGACAUACAGCCCCUUGAACGUCAUUGAUGGCGACUUUAGCAUUCCCAGAACACAGCCAACCAAGAACCCGGAUACGGCCAUCGCAGUCGAGGGACACGAUGCCAAGCAAUUCGUCUCUCCCGUGUACGACUACUUGGAGACAAACAUCCCCCACACCCUCAUGAACUAUUCGGAUAAAAAGUUCCCCUCGGACGCCUCACUUUUCCCUCCCCAUCAAACAGUGAAGAAGUAUCUGGAAAACUAUGCCGAUGAGCUGAAGCCCAUCAUCUCUCUGUCGACGCAAAUCCUCUCAGUCAGAAAGUCCACGAGCGGCAGUGAGGUCUAUUGGGAGAUUGAGAGCCUGGACCUGAAGACAAAUGAGACGAGCAAAGCGCAGUUCGACGCUGUCUUCGUAGCGAGCGGACACUACAACGACCCUUUCAUCCCAGACAUCCCUGGCCUCGCCGAGUUCGAUAUGGCACACCCAGGCUCCAUCUCACACUCAAAGUUUUACAGAAAUGCCGCACAGUACGAGGGGAAAAAAGUCAUCAUCGUCGGCAACUCAGCCUCGGGCAUCGACCUAAGCGCCCAAAUCUCAACAGUCUGCGCCCUCCCCAUCAUCGUCUCCGAAAAGACCGUACCCAACACCCCCGCAGAAGACCGUUCGUCCUGGGCAAGACCCGUCCCCGAGAUCCUCGAAUUCAUCCCUGAGAACAGGCAAGUCCGCUUCGCCAACGGCGAGACCGAAUCGGGUAUCGAUGGCGUCGUCUUCUGUACGGGCUACUUCUACAGCUUCCCCUUCCUCCGCGAUCUCUCCCCUCCCGUAGUCACAGACGGCGCCUACGCGCGGAACUUGUACGAGCAUCUCCUCUACAUUGACGACCCGACACUCGCGUUCGCAGGUAUCCCGCAGCGCAUCGUGCCGUUCCCUGUAUCGGAGGGUCAGGCGGCGUACGUUGCGCGCGCGUGGGCGGAUCGUCUGCGUCUACCGAGUCGCGGCGAGAUGAGAGAGUGGGAGGCGAAGAUGCUGAAGGAAAAGGGGGAGAGUAAGAUGCUACACAAUUUGGCGUUCCCCAAAGAUCUAGAGUACAUCAACAUGCUCCACGCGCGGAGCCUGGAAGCGGAGAAGAAGGAGGGUCUUGAAAAUGAAGGAGUGGGAAAGAUCCCGCCAUACUGGGAUGAUGAGAAGCGAUGGACGAGGGAGCGGUUUCCUUUGAUCAAGAUUGCGUCGAGGAAGUUAGGGGAGAGGAGGCAUGAGGUCGCGACGUUGGAGGAGCUUGGGUUUGAUUACAAGGCCUGGAAAGCUGGGCUCGACGACGAGGGAAAGUUGUUGUGAGGGAUGCCACUCUAGACCGUAACGACUUUGAUGUCAAAGAGGAGUAGACUUCACGUUCGAUGGGCUUAAACGAAAGAUUUAGACUAGAUGCCUUACGAUAGACCGUGCCUAGACACGGGCUGGAAAGAGACUGCUUUAGACGGAGCAUACCAGAGAGUGCUAUCUCGUGUAUUCCAAGUCAGUUUUUCUCAACUCUAGGGAUUGCUUGAGACUGUUUGCUCUCGACAUCUGACAGUCGAUGCAUUCGAUGCAUGUACCAAGCCAGAAAGAAACUCGACUUUCGGAAAGGCCCAAAGAGGUAGUUAAUCAUUCC